GGUUGAAGAAGGAGAGGGAGAAGGAUGCAGGAUCAGAGGAGGCGAAAAGCAGAGCAAGUGAAAGAUGGAGAAGUAGGACAAGUGCGGCCAUACGUCGAGAGCGAUGCAGCUAAUAUCCGAGCCAGAACGGAGGGAGGAUGGAGCGGAGGAGAGGAUGUCGGUCGCACAUGUGCAAGGUCUGAUUGGUUCUACAAGCUUCCCUCUGCAGAUCAGGAGCGUCCCCAUUUUGGAAACAAGGUUAAAGCCUAUCUAAGACCCGUUUUUGGUUUCCCGAACCAGCUCCGGCCCGGGCCUCAGUCCGCGGUCUCGAGUUUGAUAGCUGGCUGUUAAAGACGACAGCACACCGGCUUAACGCUGCCAGGCGGCCCCUGUGCCCCAGCCACCAAGAUGGGAGACAGCAGAGAUUCUCGCAGUCCAGACAGUUCGUCUAUGUCUUCCCCUCCAUCGGGCCAACGCUCGCCCCCGCUGGUUCCGUCAGCGGCGUCCAUGACUUCGCUGGCGCCCAUCACCACCAGCGGGGUCAACAGCCCCAUCAGCAGCAUCGGCUCGCCCUUCUCUGUUAUUAGCUCGUCACUGGACUCCCCCUGCCUGCCCGGCACACCGUCGGUGGGAUACGGCCCAAUCAGCAGCCCCCAGAUCAACUCGACAGUGACCAUGUCAGGGCUCCAUGCGGUGAGCAGCUCCGACGAUGUGAAACCUCCUCUUGGCUUGAAGCAGCUGUCGUCCCACAGCCCGGGGCCCAUGCUUUCCCAGAAACGCCUCUGCUCCAUCUGUGGAGACAGAUCCUCUGGUAAGCACUACGGCGUCUACAGCUGCGAGGGCUGCAAAGGCUUCUUCAAGAGAACCGUGCGGAAAGACCUGACCUACACCUGUCGGGACAAUAAAGACUGCACGGUGGAUAAGAGACAGAGGAACCGCUGCCAGUACUGCCGCUAUCAGAAAUGCCUGGCCAUGGGCAUGAAGAGGGAAGUGGCCAAGAUGAACAACAGAUCUGUCCAAGAGGAGCGGCAGAGGAACAAGGAGCGCGAAGGCGAGGUGGAGUCCACCAGCGCGGUGAACGAGGAGAUGCCGGUGGAGAAGAUCUUAGAGGCUGAGAUGGCUGUAGAGCAGAAGACGGAGCUUCAUGCGGAUGGAAGUUCAGGCGGCAGCUCUCCCAAUGAUCCUGUCACCAACAUCUGUCAGGCAGCAGACAAGCAGCUCUUCACUCUGGUGGAGUGGGCAAAGAGGAUCCCUCACUUCUCAGAGCUCCCUCUGGAUGAUCAGGUCAUCUUGCUCCGUGCAGGCUGGAACGAGCUCCUGAUCGCCUCCUUCUCCCAUCGCUCCAUCUCGGUGAAGGACGGCAUCCUGCUGGCCACCGGCCUCCAUGUCCACAGGAACAGCGCCCACAGCGCCGGCGUUGGAGCCAUCUUUGACAGGGCGAACAAUGCUGAGGUUGGGGCCCUAUUUGACAGGGUUCUAACUGAGCUUGUAAGCAAAAUGAGAGACAUGCAAAUGGACAAGACAGAGCUGGGCUGCCUUCGGGCUAUCAUUCUCUUUAACCCAGAUGCCAAGGGUUUGUCCAACCCCAGUGAGGUGGAGCUCCUCAGAGAGCGGGUUUAUGCAUCUCUUGAAGCGUACUGCAAACAGAAAUACCCCGAUCAGCAGGGCAGGUUCGCCAAGCUCCUCCUGCGACUCCCAGCACUGCGCUCCAUCGGUCUGAAGUGCCUGGAGCAUCUGUUCUUCUUCAAGCUGAUCGGCGACACGCCCAUCGACACCUUUCUGAUGGAGAUGCUGGAGGCGCCUCACCAGCUGACCUAAGGGAGCCGCGUUCAGACCCGGUCCGGAUCCGACGCACAGCAGGGUUAUGGCCGCGGCCCCCAGUGUCUGGUCACUGGCUCCUCCUGUUGGGCCUCGCUUAACUGCAGCACCUGCUGGUUUUAAUGUGCCAGCGUUCACACCCACACACACACACACACACACGUUUCCUGUCACCACGCUCACUAUAUCCACCCAUGCACAUGCAGAUCACUGAAACUGGAUACACGAACUGAAAAGAUAUAACAAAUCCACAGAAAAAGGCUUGAAGCUAAUAGUUGCUAACGCUCACCCACGCAUGGAUUUUCACUAUUGUUUCCCGUGAUCACUUUUCCUCUGCUGGGGUGUCGACUCUAGGAACCGUGACACCCAGACAGCAAAACGUCUUAAUUUAAGUCAGACGCCAGUUUUCACAUCUUCAUGUUCUCAGUGGGACUUUUGCUUCUGCACAACCGGUGUUUUUCCCCCUCUUUUCUUUUCACUUUGGUUACUUACAGCUACUGCCAGCUGCACCUCUGUUCUGUUCUACUCAGAACGAGCUGCUUAGUUUGUUUGUUUUUCACCAUUUGAGCUGAAAAAAAUCAGGUGCUUAGCAUUUGAAUCAACUGUCCAGCGUCUAAACUAAAUCAUGCAAAGACAUCAUCAGAGCAAAUUUAUUCAAUCGGGUAAACAUAGAAAUAUUAUUUUUUUUUCUUUGUAUUCACGCAGAAACUUGUUAAGAGUUUCUAUUUUUGAAGUACUGUACUCAUGAAAUGAGCGCUUUUUUAAGGCAUUGAAAUCCAGGAAAAGGGGGCCGGGAGUGCUUUGUUUAAAAAAGAAAACGAA